UGCAACAUUGCGAACAAAACACAUUCUUGUUUAAUCAAGGUUGACAUCAUACAGGCAGGUGCACAUACUAUCACAGUGUUGUAGCUCCAAGUAAGUCUGCUUUGGAUGGUUACAGCAUUCUAGCUCAUAAUCAAACUACCUAUGGCGAAUAUGAAUGCAGUGUAACCCUGUUAACACCUUAGAAUGCAUCUUCUUAGAACUACAAGUGGAUAGCUAUAAAAUAGUUAUAGAGGUUACGGAUACCAUAUGAAUUUAGAAAAUGUUGUGAUAUUUCUCAGAAAGAAUUAAUUCUUGGAGCAUCUGUGGUCCUAGUUUUUGUUCUAUGAUGACCAUGAAAGUUAAGCAGUCACUGAGAUGUUGGUAUUUCUCUCUUAACUAAAAUAAAGGGAUGAAAAAAGGGCUCUGCUGGGCCACUCUGUGUAGAAAGUGUUGUACAAAUACCUGCCUGUUUACCAUUUUCCCGGCGUGAUGGUGAUUUCCAGAGGAAGAUGCUAGUAACAGGCUGAAAGAGGAUCCCUACAGAACGAGAGGUAUGCACUGAGAGACUUAACCCCCAUGAAUGCCACCAAGCCCUGUGCUUCGCCCACUGUUUACCAGAUUAUAGAGGCCACAGAUCACAUAACACUGGGUAGAAUUUCACAUUCUCAAAGAGGGAGGUCUAUGAGACUCUACAUGGUAACUUGGUGUAAUCUGAGACACACAGUAAGGUGACUAGUACUUUCUCUCAUUUCUUACCAGAAGCUCAAUACUUUGAUGUGCUGUCACCGGGGUUCCAAAGGAGCAGCUGUCUUUCCCAGUCGGCUGCACCUCUGAACUCCUAUUGGCUGCUGUCUGGAGGAGUGGGUGUGAUCGUCUAUGUCUAGCCUCCCACUUGUCAGUCUAGUUGGACAGGAGGCAUGUUCACAAGCUCCUCCUUGCUCAUUGCUCCCAUUUACACACAAGUAAACCCAGCUUCUGUUAUGGCAAGGGCUGCACGUUGGCAUUUACCAAAUAGCCGCGGCAUGCCACUCUCCCUGACAGCACCUCCCUGCCUUCUCAGGAGACAGACAGGCUGAACUAGCUGAGAGCAGACGGUAGUGGACUAUCUGGCAAUCAAUCCCACAGUUCAGCGGUACAAAGUGGGGGAAACUGCUCAACAUGCCACAAGAUGCCCGAGGUCCAAUCAGAUAAUGUGUCAACACAUUUUUCGGAGAACUAAGGAGAACAAAUGAUGGCGACACAAAAUGGGAAUAUUGCACCUUGUAAAACAGCACAGAACGGAAUCAAGGAGAAGCCCCCAUAUUCAGUGGAAACCCCUUAUGGCUUCCGACUUGACCUGGAUUUUCUGAAAUAUGUAGACGACAUAGAGAAAGGGAACACCAUCAAAAGGAUUCCCAUUCAGCGCAGAAGCAAGGGAGUGCGCGCAAGCACUUUACCAAGGCACCUCAAUGCUUCUGGGUGUGGCUAUCGCCCGAGCCCCUGGGGAUCUACCGGAGCUCUUGGCCCCAGGUCUCGAUUGUCAGACGCCCAUCAUCAUCAUCAUGGCUAUACUUCCUGGGCAUAUGAUCACAGGCCACCUCUUUCCCCCACAGGGUUUAAAUCUUUGGCAGAGAUGGAAGCCAGAAUCAAGGAGUUUGAUGAGCAACCUCUAGGGGAACAUAUCAGACCCAAUCUCCUCCGUGCCUCCAGUCUGCCACUUACGGUUUUACUGAGACAAGGGUCAGAGUCCACAGACGACCACAGCAGCGUCUGGAGUUCAAAGGAUCACCUUGGGGGAAGAAACAUCUCAUGUGAAGAUGUGUUCCGCUCUUCAGACAGCCCUCGGCCACAGGACUGCUCAGGUCUGCUGAGGCGCCUCACUGAAGCCCUCGAGCGAGUGGGGGAGCUUGAGAUGGAAGUGAGGGUCAUUCCUGAGCUCAGAGCGCAGAUCUGCAUCCUCCAGGAGGAAAGAGAAAGACUUUGUCUGGGACUGAGUCCACGUGACCAUCCCUCCACAAUGAACGGCACCACGGAUCCUGGUACAUCCUCUCACAAUAGCAAAGUAUUGAGAGGACCUCAGCAUGAAAGUCACAGUAUAUUUCCUAGAAAUUACAGUGUCAGCCAAGAUGACUCCAACCCUACGCAUGAGUGGAGGACUAGUACAGAUCUGGAUGAGCUGCUGACAGUGACCUCCCUGCAAGCCAAAGUAGCUGUGUUGGAGCAGAAGCUCCACGAGACUAGCCUGGAGCUCCAGAGAGUGUCAGGGCUGCUGAAGGAGCAGCAAAAGGAAAGCAAAAGGAAAGACGAGAAGAUAGAACACCUCAUUAAGAAUCCUGCGGUGUGGGUCCGUGCAGAGAGGGUGGUGGUAGAUCAGGAUGGAGAUGAGACGGUAGUGAGAUCAGAGUAUGAUAAAGCACCUUGCUUUAUUAGUAAACGAGUGGUUAAUGCAAACGAUCAAAGAAGGCAGCAACACGAGUCUGUGGUCAGUUCAACAUCGUCUGAAAGACGUCCACUGGUUUCUGAGGGUACAGACGCAGCUGCGGUGAUCCAUCACAUAAAGAAGAUAAAGAGUCUCCUGGAUCAGCAGUGGAAGUGUUUGUGCACAGAGAGUGAAUCAGGAGAAGAGGGCAAGCAUCUAAAGCACCCAGAUCCCAAAGUCAGCUCUCUGCAGCAGGAGAUGAUGGGACUUGUCGACAUCCUCAUGUCCUGCCACAAACAGCGUGGUGACAGUGACGCCUCUAAAUCCAUCCUGCAGACAGAAGGAUGUGCCCAGACGUCGAAAAACCUACAUUCUGGGGGUGUUAAAGAAGGAAGCAAUGAGACUGCCAGUAAAAAUCCGGCUGGUCAAGCCUGUAUGAGCCAAAGUGUCCAUGAUGAUUUGGAGCAGAGGAACAGUAGCACGGUUCUUAGGGAGGUGGCUCCUGCCCAGCUGGAUGUAGACACAGAGAAGAGAAAAACGAAAGAAGAGAAGCAAAUUGACCCAGACAGACAGAUGAAACUGGAAGGAACAGGUUUUGGGGGGACAGAUGGUGGUGAUGUAUCUCUGGUAGCUAGGGCUACAGAGAAAACGGCCAAGAUGAAAACACAGCCCUCAGGAGAACAGAUGGAGGGAAACUCUGGCUCGGAAACAACCACCAAAGGCAGAGAAGCAGUGAAUGCAGAUUUUAUUUCUGCCUGUCAUUUCCUUAAUAAUCACAUGGACAACAUGGACAACCCCAAUGAUGACAUGAGGAAGGCCCUGGUUGUGUUGUUCCAGCACUGGUUCAGUGCAGCAGCAGAGGAGGCCUCUGAGCCCAGCAGGGUGGCUGCAUACCUGAAACACAUAAAGAAGGAAACACCCUCCCUGCUGGCCUUUCUGGUCAAUCUGGCGGACGAUAACGGGAACACAGUGCUUCAUUACAGCGUCUCCCACUGCAACUACAGCAUUGUCACCCUGAUCCUGGAUACAGGUGUCAGCGAUGUGAACAUUCAGAACAAUUCUGGCUACACGGCAGUGAUGCUGGCCUCGCUGACAGCCCCUGAUGGACCCGGUGGAAUGGAAGUUGUCCGCAAACUAAUGGAGCAGGGCGACAUUAACAUUCGCUCCAGCAAGACGGGCCAAACAGCUCUGCACUUGGCAGUGAGACAUGGCCGAGUUGUGAUGGUUCGCCUGCUGCUUAGCUGUGGGGCAGACGCUAACAUCCAGGACAGCCAGGGAACCACAGCGCUGAUGUUCGCAUCUGAGAGGGGCCACACGCACAUCGCAAGGCUCCUGCUGGAGAGAAGCCAGUGCGACCUCGCUCUGACUGACAAGCGAGGUCAAACUGCGCUUUCCAUCGCCAUGCAAGGUUCCCACGCCGAUACAGCUGCCCUGCUGCAGGCCCACGCUAAAGCUCGAGCUCUGUAGAAGUGGAUCUGUUCACGUGUCAGAUCCUCUCACCUGAGUGGCGCUUCAAACGCAGACUUUUUUUUUCUGAAAUCUGGACUAGUGACAGCUGGUGCGCUGAAUGGGAUGAUAUUACAAUGAGGCUGUAUGGCACGAGAAAGUGAGGCAGAUGAUGGUUGCUAGGGCAGCAUGCAGUGAAUCUGCUGUUUUCAUUUUGUCUUUACCAUAGAUGUUUAAGGUUAUCGCUGAUCUUUGCACAUCCGUGCAGCAGCUUCGCUCUGCAAACUAUGCAAUGGAAAGAAUAUUUAUUAUGUUUGUUGUAUUAUCUAAAAAUCUGUGUCUGUAAGAAGAUUCUACCUGUGUUUCCAAGGGGAAUUCUCAGCAUUUUUAAGCACCAUUUCAAUAAAAUACUUUCAAAAUACUGCAUGCCAACUAAACAGAAACAAAUCCCUGGAGCCGAUUGACCAGUCUGUUUAUUUCACACGUUGGUAAAAGCUACACUGAUGUAUGCAACGCCUGUUUUUAAUAAAAUAACAGAAAAGCGA